AUGUAUGCUACUUCAUCCCAAGAGAAGAAAGUUCCUAUCCGGGAACCAACAUCAGAAAGCGAUUCCACGCUCAACCUGAGUCCCAUCCAUGAGGAAAUUUGGCGCAAAGCAUACCAACAAUUGAAACAAGACUCAAAACAAAAGAAAUACGUGGAAAUAUACGAACAAUUGAUUGCCGAAACCUUUUCGGGCGAGGGGACCGAGCAUUUAGCUUCCGCUACUCAUGGAUCUGUGUCUCCCGGCGAGGUGCAGCUGAGCACCGUCAUUGAAAAAGGGCAAGAAAAAAUCAAGAAAUAUAAAAGAUUCAUUGACUCCUCUUCCGACAUUGUGACCGCUAUCAUGCCUGUCAAGGCGAUCCUUGAUAUUCCCUUGAAGAACGUUCCCCAAACUAGUUUGCCAUGGGCAGUGAUUUCAUCAAGCAUUGAUAUCCUCAUCAAACCCACAAAGUCCAUGGAUACAUUGUAUAAAGGAGUACACAUCACUGCCUCGAAGAUACAAUGGUAUGCCGGAAUCAUUGACCGGAUUUUGAGGGAGAACAACAGCGAGCGUAAUAGCCUUGAUCAAGUCUAUGACGAGAUGAAAAACAAAGUCAUUGAUAUUUACCAGGCUUUGCUUUUCUACCAGACCAAGAGCGUGUGCUCUUACUGGAGGAAUCAGCUCUGGGUGUUCGUUCGCUCAGCGUUGGAAUUUGAUGAUUGGGACGGUGAUCUGGAAGAGAUCGAAAAGUCCGAGAGGGCUCUUGAGAGCCACAUUUCUCAGUACAAAGGAGAACAGCUCUUGGAUGAGAUUCAAAGCCUAAGAGAGAUUACCGAGAAGCGAUGGAAAGACGAUGAUCACAUGAAGUGCAUGCAAGACCUAUGCGUGGUGAAUCCACGGACACAAAUGGAUGAUCUUGAGGAGCGAAAAGAUACUCUGAUUCGAGCUUCCUACAGCUGGGCUUUGGAGACUCCAGAGUACAGGAACUUCACAGACUGGACCAAUCCACAUGCGUCUAACUUUCUAUGGAUCAAUGGCCAAGCAGGCACUGGCAAGACAAUGCUUCUCAUUGGUAUCAUACGGGAGCUCACAGUCGGUCAGCUUUUCAACGAUGAUAUUCCUGAUAUUCUUUACUUCUUUCUCCAGAGCAAGGGAGCAGACGUCAACAAUGCUACGGCGGUAGUCCGAACUUUGAUCUGGUUACUUCUUUCACAGCAACCGGGUCUUAUCGAUUACGUGAUGUCUGAGUAUCGCAGGUCUGGCAAAGCAUUAUUUGGCAGUUCUUCCGCUUUCAGCGGCCUGUCGAAGAUCUUCAAGAAGAUGCUACAGGAUGACCAGGUAGAGAAAGUUGUUCUCGUAAUUGAUGCCCUUGAUGAAUGCCAGGAAGAAAAUGACGAACAGAAAGUCCUACUUCGCUUCCUGAACGAGCUCCUGUCUGACAACAGGAUAGUAUCAAAACUGAAAGUGCUCGUUUCAAGCCGCCCCGAGUGGGAGAUCCAGACCGAAAUAGUUAAAGAUUCGUCGAAAAUAUGCAUUCUGGAGCUGGACAGGCAGUCUCUGGAAAGUCCGAUUAAUGCAUUUAUUGAUGAAAAAGGACGUGAGCUCGAUGCAAAGACAGAAAAUAAAGAUCGACUCAAGCAUGUUCUGGCGCAGCUGCGCCUUCGAGCAAGCAACACGUUCAUCUGGGUCUCGUUGGUUUGCAAAGAGCUUUUCAAGACCCGGGAUGAUUAUUGGGAAAAGGUAUUGGAUGCGGCACCAAAAGACCUUACGAAGCUGUACGACUUCCUACUCUUUGAAAGGCUCAAGAAUUCAAUAUUUGAAGACUGCAAGAAGGUUCUUGCCCUGAGCGUUCUGGCGUUCCGACGCCUUACAAUCGAUGAGAUCCAGCAACUGGCUGAGAUACCUGACGGCACUGCAUCGGGAAUUGUUCAAGACUGCAGCUCCUUUUUCACAGUUCAGCAGGGCACAGUCUAUUUCUUCCACCAGUCAGCUCAGGACUAUCUUAGUAGCCAUUUCGAACAACUCGCGCAGCUACCUAGGGACCAAUGGCACCAUAGAAUCUUCCGGCAGUCUCUCAAGAGCAUGAAGCGCUUUUUGAAGAAGAAUGUAUACGGUCUGACUGAUCUCGGUAAAAUUGAUAAACCCAAAAUUAUGCCGUCAGAUCCACUGGCUUCGAUUCGCUAUUCAUGUCAUUACUGGGCCCAACAUUUGCAACAAAGCCCACGAGAUGUAGCUGAUACCGAAGAAGUCCAUUCAUUUUUCUGCGACCAUUUCUUACACUGGCUAGAGGCCAUGAGCUUGUUGGAGUUGAUUUCAGAUGUGAUCGAGUCUAUAAAUGGCCUGGCCUCUCAUUUUAAAGAUAAACCCGAUUCCGACAUAUUUCACUUCCUAGCAGACGCAAAAAGAUUCGUUUUGUUAAAUUUCGAAAUUGUUACUGUCGCACCGUUGCAACUUUACGUUUCUUGCCUGGUAUUUGCGCCGACAGAGAGCAUAGUCCGGCAGAAAUUCAACGACCAAAUCCCGUCCUGGAUUACUGUCUUGCCAAAGGUCGCAGAUAACUGGAAUGCCUUGCUACAGACAUUCGAAACCCGGUACGGAAAUGUACAGAAUGCUGCAUUCUCUACAGACAGUUCUCUUUUGACAAUAUUCUCCGAAAGCUCAAUCGAAAUACGAAAUACUGAUACCGGAAACCUUCGGGACAAGUUUUACCCAUGGGAGAGAUUCCUCUGUGGGGCAGUCUCAAGUGACCACAAGCUGCUAGCUUGGUCUGAUCGCGGGGAUUGGGGAGUAACCCUUUGGAAUAUCGAAUAUGAUCGUUUCUAUGGAAAUAUAGAUCUCUUGUGCGUCGAAGCCCUCGAGUUCUCCCCUGAUAAUAGGGCCCUUGCAUCGAUUGCAGAUGACAAGAUGUACAGCAACAAAGUUGAAAUCGAAACAAUUAUCCCGUAA